AUGUCCACUCCCAGCCGUAUGGCCAUGGCUGACAUCGCCGACUCGAGCUUAGCUUCUUCAGGGGCUCCUCCUAAGCGAAGACGCCUAAACUUUGCUUGCAACUACUGCAGGAGUCGAAAGUCUCGCUGCGAUGAGCAGAAGCCUUCCUGCCGCGCGUGUCUCAACGCUGGAAUCCCUUGUGUCACCGUUGAUCGACGACGCCCGGGGGUUUCCAUCACACGCCACGAGGCAGGGGCGGCAUCUGCGAAUAAUCAUGCCGCAGCACAGGGUCCGCGGCCGUCACCUACCGGCUCUUCGACAACGGGCUCGGAAUCCCGUAUCUUACCACAAGAGCCAAGAAGACUCAGUGCGGCGGUCCCCUUGACACCACGCUCAACCUCGGAAACACAUGAGGAUGUUCAACAACAGCCUAAGCCACUCUCCACCUGGAAGCCUCUGGUGCGGGCCCCUGAUGGCGGACCAGGUCUGGCCACUGAUGUGCAUGCCGAAACAGAUGAUGCCGAACAGACGACCAAGUUCUCGGGCCGGUUGCCCAUGUUGCGUCCCAAUUCGGGAAGCAGCACCACUGAACUCCUGACCGAUUGGCUGGAUUUGGCCUUUCGUCGGUUGGGAAUCAGGAAACGCCUUGGGCCCUUGUUGACCUUGGACGAUUCGCAUGCGCAAUUCCAACAGCCCGCCUUGAGGCUGGAUGCCCCCCCACUGCCAGACCCUGCAACGUGUCAAGAACUGUUGUUCCUGUAUCUGGAGGAAGUCAACUCCGUAUUUCCUCUUUUGGAUGCCGUUCGGACAAGCCAAAUGCUCGACCUCGUGCUCCAACUUGGUCCGUCCCAAUUCGCUCACGACCACGGUUUCUUGCCCCUUCUGCUUGUCUAUCUCGUCCUGAGUCUUGGCUCUCUCAGCCACGAACGCCGGGAAUGGCGAGACUUCUCGGAGACAAAUUUGAACUUUUGCAGGAGCUUUGUGGGACACAUGAUUGGGUGGAACACGCUCCAGUCCGUACAGGUCUUCUUCUUGAUGUCUUUAUGCCUAAAAGGCCAUGACCGGAUAUCAGCUUCAUGGUCGGCUUUGAGUCUCUGCGUCACUGUGGGAACGACGCUCGCCUUGAAUCGGCCUGGCUCGCCAAGCAAAAACCCACAGCCAUCUAGCAAACCGGAUGGUGAAGUUGAUAGGCGGCGCACAUGGUGGUGUAUCUAUGUCUUUGAGAGGUUAUUUGCUUUCGAGAUUAGGAAGCCCCCUCUUAUCCACGAUGAGAGUUGCUACGGGUGUGAGCUCGGGACUUGGUCUUUUUCCACUGACGGGAGAAGACAUCCCCGACCUGCAUUCCUCAACAUAGUCGGUGGCCUGGCAGAUACGCUGGGCGAGAUUGAACGGCGUGCAAUCCGGGCUCGAGAUACCGAAGAAACAGCCGGUACGAGUGGCAUUGAUGGGGCUAUCAGAGAAAAGAUUAGAACAAUUGCCGAAUCUUGUGCAAUGCUGACGAAAUGGGCUGAUGCCCUCCCUGAGGAAUACAGGCCGCGAUCCGACUUUAUCUAUGACACGGGAAGCUUCCCGUACGCCUCAUUCAUUUCAAUCCAGUACCAUCAUGCUUUGCUCAUGUUGACGCAAAACAGCCUACUUUUGAGCCCUAAAACUAUCCAAGUAGCCAUAGAUAAUGUCGCAAAGGGAAUGCCCUGGGAACACCUUGUUCGGAACGGACCAACAAUCACUACCAAUGCAGCCCGGAGGAUGAUUCAACUUCUCAUCGAAGCUGCUGAUACUAAUAUGAAACCCCUCUUUCCCUCGCUACUAGUGCCAUUGCACUCACUAUAUGUUCUCUCGAUAAACAUUAUCAGGCAUCCAAAGUCCCGGAUGGCCAGGUCCGACCUGAACCUCAUUCAUGACGCUGCAGACUUCGCCAGACAUCAGUAUAGUUUAUUGAACAGUGACACCAAAUUGGGCGUGGUGUUGGACAAGCUUGAUUCCAUAGUAGGUAGAGUAUUGGAAUCGGCGGCACCUACGCCUCAGAUGAUAGCAAUACGAAAGGAAUCCACCAUGGUGUCUUCCAACACAACGAGCGCCGCGCCAACUCCGAUGGAAAGACGGCCUUCUCAAUACCCCGAGACCACAGGAGAUGGCCUAGGAAAUAUACCACAGGCCUUCGGAAUACAAGAGAACCAAGGACAGGUCGAUUUGAUGAGCGUGGACUUUAGUGCUGUGUUUGGAGAGUCCCCAGCCCUGUCGCAGGACACAGCGUUUUCGCCUGAGGUGACACAUGACAUAGGAUGGGACUGGGCCGACUUUACGCAGCUCUUUCCGGAGACAACGGAUCCUGUUUGA